AUCAAAGUUUAGGACCAUCAAUGAUUAAGUGAUUCCAAAUGUAAAUUAAUCCUAAUUAACAUGGUAGAUUUGCCGUACUCGAUCGAGGUACCGGCAGUUGGGGGGAUGGAGCGGCGGCCGUGGCCGUCGUGGGGGCCGCAGGCGCUGCUCUGCUUUUGGUUGGCGAGAUGCGCGUGCGGGAUUGGGGUCAACUGGGGGACGCAGGCGAGCCACCCGCUGCCGCCCAGCACGGCGGUGGAGAUGCUGCGGGCCAGCGGCAUCGACAAGGUGAAGCUGUUCGACGCGGAGGCCGCUCCGCUGAGCGCCCUCGCCAACUCCGGUAUCCAGGUCAUGGUCGGCAUCCCUAACGGCAUGCUCGCCGGCCUCGCCGCCGAGGAGAAGGCGGCCCGCCGAUGGGUGGCCAAGAACGUCUCCGACUACGUCGACGACGGAGUCGACGUCAGAUACGUCGCCGUGGGGAACGAGCCAUUCUUGGCGGCGCACAAUGAAAGCUACCUCUCCACCACCUUACCGGCGCUCCAAAACAUCCAAGCAGCCCUCUCUGCGGCAGGGUUGAGCGACCGGGUGAAAGCCACCAUCCCCCUCAACGCCGACGUCUACCGCUCGUCGACAAACAAGCCCUCCGACGGCGAUUUCCGCGCCGACAUCCACGAUCUCAUGCUCUCCAUCGCGGGUUUCCUCAGUCUCAACGGCUCGCCCUUCACCGUCAACAUCUACCCCUUCAUCAGCCUCUACGACGAUCCUAAUUUCCCAAUAGAUUACGCAUUCUUCGACGGCUCCUCCUCCUCCAUAGCCGACGGCUCGUUGACUUACUCCAACGUAUUCGACGCGAACCACGACACGCUUGUGGCCGCGCUGCGCAGGAACGGCUUCGGCAAUCUUUCCAUAAUUGUGGGCGAGAUCGGCUGGCCCACGGACGGCGACAUGAACGCGAAUCCACAGCUGGCGCAGCGUUUCAACCAGGGCUUCGUGGACCACAUUGCGAGCGGCAACGGCACGCCGCUGCGGCCCGGGAAUGUGGACGCGUACCUGUUCAGUCUAGUCGACGAGGACCGGAAGAGCAUCGACGCGGGGCAUUUCGAGACGCACUGGGGCAUCUUCGCGUACGACGGCAUCCCCAAGUACGAGCUCCGACGACUCCGCGCGCCGACGAAUAAUAGCUCGAACGGGUCUUCGCUGGUCGGAGCGAAGAACGUCGAGUACUUGGACCGGAGGUGGUGCGUGCUGAAGCCUUGGGUCAGCCUCGACGACACGCGCAUCGGGCCGAGCGUGGGCUACGCUUGCGGGCGAGCGGACUGCACCAGCCUCGGGUACAAGACUUCCUGCGCCGAUCUGGAUGUGCGAGGGAACAUUUCGUACGCGUUCAACAGCUACUACCAGGAGAACGACCAAGACGGGCGAGCGUGCGUCUUCUCCGGCUUGGCGGUCGUCACCGAGGAGGACCCGUCGAAUUCCACUUGUAGGUUCGAGAUCAUGAUCGACCUCGGCGCGAUGAGCUCGAUGAACACGGUCGGAGUCAAUGUAUUCAUGUUGUACGUGAUUCUUCCAUUAUUGACAAUGACACUAGGAUGAAAGUUGUUGAAUUACCUUCUGCCAUGCAAGAUUCCCCACAAAUAAAUAAUUGAGGGUUUCACGUUAUUUUCCAUUUACUUUUUCCUACCUUUUUGCCGAUCGAUAGGGUUAGUGGCAGUCGUUAAAAGAAGAUCAUGUCCGU